AUGCUGUUGGGUGCUGGGAGCCUUCUCUGGGGUGUCUGGGUAGACGCCGCGAUAACCUCUUGCGUGGACACACUCCACUGCACCGCAGCACACUGUACAGUGCCAGCCCAGUGGGGUCCGCCGCACUCUUUUCGCAGGCGUUACCCGGUCUCCCCCUCCCCCACUUCUGUCUUUCCGUCUCUCUCCCUCUCUGUCUUCAAACUGUAUUGCAAGCGCAAGUGCCAUCUCAGAACUGAAAAGAGGGCACAGGAGCCACGACGCACAUCGGCAACACAGACUUGGCCCAUGUCCUGGUUCGGGUUCUUUGGGAGAGGCGGCCGCGGCGGCAGCGGCGCUGGCGGCGGCGGCUCGGGGGGCGGGGAACUGCCCCAGCGCGCAAUCAUAGAACUCAGGGAGCACAUCAACCUGCUGAACAAGAAACGGGCCCACUUGGAGAAACAGGUCGGCGUGCAGACGGGGGAGGCGCGGCGGGCCGUGCAGUUGAAGAGCGACGCGAGGGCGAAAGUCGCCCUCAGGAAGAGGAAGCUCUUGCAGGCGCAGCUGGAUAAGCUGGAUAGGCAGGUCGACUCGCUGGAGGAACAGCUUGUAGCGAUAGAGAAUGCGAAUUUGAAUCUGGAGACUGUGAGGGCGAUGAAACAAGGUGCGAAGGCGAUGAAGGCGAUCCACAACGGGAUCGAUAUCGAUAGGGUCGAUGAGACGAUGGACGAGAUCAGGGAGCAGGUGGAGUUGGGGGACGAGAUCAGCGAUGCGAUCUCGAGGCCGCUGAACUCCGGUGCCGCGGCGGAGGUCGACGAGGAUGAGCUGGAUGAGGAGCUGCAACAGCUUGUCGCGGAGGACAGCCAACACGAAUUGCUCGCGGAGGCGCCAAAACCACAACCACAACAAAAUAUACCACUACCUUCUGUUCCGGAGACAACGCCGCAGCAGAAACAACAGGCCGUGCCUGCGCAACAAGUAGAAGAGGACGAGGACGAAAGAGCAUUGAGAGAGUUACAAGAGGAGAUGGGUCUGUGA